AUGGAUCAUCACAAUCACGGCGAUAUGGAUAUGGAUAUGGGUACGUGCAAGAUGGAUAUGCUGUGGAACUGGUCCAUCACAGACCGCUGCGUGGUAUUCGAGAGCUGGCAUAUCACCACGUUCACCAGCGCCAUCUUCUCGCUCCUCACCAUCACCCUCCUCGCUGUGCUGUUCGAAUGGCUCAGAUGGCGUAUGAGGGUGGCAGAUGCAGCGAUAGCGGCUAGUUUAGCCAUCGCGUACAAUGUGGAUGUGAAUUUCAAUGAGGGCGGGGACGUGGAAGAAAAUGUGACUGUGAACAGACGCGCUGGAAAACUACUCGUGCCUAAACAUCAACAAAUACAGCGCAGUCUCCUCUACGCAGUCUCAGCAGCACUCUCCUUCUUCUUGAUGCUCGUUUUCAUGACUUACAACGCACCACUCAUCGCUGCAGUCAUCCUCGGCGCGGGUGUUGGACACUAUGUAUUUCACAGGGAGAUCGACGUGGCUAGUCUCAACCAGUCGUCUGUCGGCUGCCAUUUGUAA